AUGGCAAAGAUGAGACAAGUUUUAAAUAUUUACAAUAGCCGUAAACAAAAAGGUUUGGGAAACCACUCCCCCGAAGAAAUGAAAAACAACCCUGACUUAGAGAAAGACUAUAUAUUUAAUAGUUUAGUCAAAAGAGACAAACAAGAAAGAAUGCCAGGCUUCAAACUUCAGAAAGGUGACAAAGUAAAAAUAGAAAUACCUAAACGCGACCCAUAUGAAAAUACUAUUGACUAUGACAACAACAAGUACCCGACAGGUACUCACAUUCGUGUUCGUAAAAAUAGAAGAAAGUAUACAAGAGAAUAUUAUGAAGUUUUAGGCAAACAUGGCAAAAUGUACAGACUGCAAGCAGAAGAUAAAACUACUAUUGUCAGACCUCGUUUCAAACUUGUCAAAGUUCAAGGUGGUAUACUUUCAAAGACAGUUCCUAACAAAUAUAAGACAACUCCUGACGAAUAUGCUAAAGAAGUUGAAAAUGACGACUAA